CGCUCUUAGCGACUCGAGCGGGGAAACGCGGCCACACGCGGCGGCAAGGCGUGUUUGUGGGUGGGUGUGAACUGCACGCCAGCUCCGUGUAGUUCGCGCACGGCUUCGCGUUGAGAAAGUGAGCAGGACUCGUGGCGAACAGCGGGGCGAGGAGUGUGCGGUUUCACCACCUGCAGCCUCGUUUUUCAGGGGAUGUGGACCGCCGUGGCCGCCGGAGUGAAUCCAUCGGAAACGUUCACUUGCAGGAGUGUCUAGCACUGAAGAACGAAGUGGAUCCCUUAUUGGGCUGUGAAGGGUGGCCAUGGAGUUUGAGAAAGUUCUACGCGAGGUCGGAGGCUAUGGCCUAUUUAACAAGACCAUCGUCACAGCAGCGUUGAUGCUGUCCGCUUGGCACGCGACGCUCUGCUACUUCGGUCAAGUGUUCAUCCACAUCACACCAGCCAGCCAGUGGUGCUUCCUCAAUUAUACAGGCGACAGCUCUACACCGCCUGUAGACGUCAAAGAGCUUCCAACAGGUCGCUGUCAGCUACUACGGCAACAGCCCGAUGGCCAGUACAGCAGCAACGACACAGCAAUCGCUGACAGCGGCAGCGAGUGGGUCACUUGCCCCACGAGAUGGUACUACGAUAACAGUGAGAUCUACACCACCGUCACCAUGGAGAAUCAAUGGGUGUGCGGAGACAGCUGGAAGAUGUACGCAGUCCACACAGCCUACUUCACAGGGUCCAUAAUCUCCUAUUUACUUUCUGGAUUCCUUGCCGACAGGAUAGGCCGAAAAAAGACAGUAAUCCUUGUCAUGCUCAUCGGCGCAACUGGGAAUUUGCUUGGGACAUUCUUUCCCACCUUCUCGACGUUCCCAAUUUGGAGGUUUAUGACGUCCAUGGGAUCUGAUACCGUAUGCACCACGAUCUACGUCAUCGCGUUGGAGUACACGGUGAAAGAGCGGCGCACGCUGGUCGCCUUCCUGUGGGCCAUCAACUGGUCCGUGCUGGCCACUGCGCUGCCGUGGUACACUUAUCUCAUUCAGAGUUGGAGGGGCCUCCUUAUCACAAACACCGCUGUCGACGCAGUUCUGCUUAUCUCCCUCUGGUGGCUGCCAGAAUCUUCUGGAUGGCUGCUGUCCGUUGGCAAGAAAAAGAAAGCCCUGCAGACCUUCCAGAAGAUUGCUCGAUUCAACGGAAAGGAAGUCAGCGAGGAGCGCCUCAACGAACUUCUACAAGACCCAGAGCCCAAAGAUGUCCAGGGCAACGAGAAAAAACAGCAAACAGGUUUCUGGCAGACAACUGUCGCCGUUGUCAAGUAUCCCAGGUUACGCAAGAUCGUCAUCUUCUCAUAUCUUGGUUGCUUUAUCGUGUGCCUGUGCUACAACUCGAACGCCCUUGGCUUGGGCCGCCUGGGGUUGAACUUGUACGCCAUCUACUCGAUCGCCAUCGCCUUCGAGAUGCCCGUCAACAUUCUGUGCAUCACGGCACUGGAUAUCCUGGGCCGGCGUUGGCCCAACGCUGGCUUCAUGCUGCUCGGGGGAGCCGUGUGCCUGCUGAUGGCCAUCGUGCGAACUGAUGAUCCGACGUGGACGUUGGUUAUUGGUGUCAUCUCGAUGAUGUCUUUCGCGGGAGGCUACAACAUCACAUUCCAAACUUCUUCGGAGCUGUAUCCCACGGUAAUCCGAGGCCGCAUACUAUUCCUUCAGCGUCUCGUGGGCGACAUCGGCAGCCUCCUAGGAGCACAAGUGGCGUCCUUGACCGAGUACGACAAGUACCUGCCCAUGAUGGUGAUGGGAGUGCUAAGCCUGAUCGCUGGCGUACUGCUCUUCUGUCUACCUGAGACCCUAAACCAGGCAUUGCCUCAGAGCAUCGAGGACAGCGAGAACUUCGCCCGGGGACAGUCGUUUUGCUUCUGCCCACUCGUGUCCGCGAGGCGGAACCGCCGCAAGGCACGCCGGCAGACAGAAACAAACGGCGUGGAAGCAAAAUCCUCGCCCAACAACAGCGUUUUGCAAGCACGCCUGUGAAGUUAUCUAUAAGCAACGAAGACAUUGAGAUCCCGGCAGGCAUAAACAGGCGCCGACCAAUAGCGAGUGCACGUUGCUCUUGCUCCAAGCGCUCGCCGCUCGACGGCAUCAGUGCGCGCUUCAGUAGAACUCCUACUGCCAACAGACCAAAGAUGACCGCUAAAAAUAUUUUUUGAAAAAAUCGUGAAAUGAGGCUCGUCCUCUUUCCUAUUGUUUCACUCGGAGGUAGCCUUUCUUUUUUUUUUUUCGCUGAAAUUGUAAGCCCAUACUGAAUUCGGUGCAGGGCGAAUUCUCGUGCGGCAAAACGGAUCGCAUUUCACUCACAAUUGCACAGUCGAGAUAAAAAAACAAACAAACAAACAAAGACAAGAAAACAGCAUCGUUGCCAUGCGUGUCCAGCCGAGCACAGCCUGACCCUGCGAUUGCUGCCUUAUAGGCAUGGCCUUGCGUGAUCAAGCAGGGCUCUAUUGAAGAAAACGGACACAAAGCCCACCGG